AUGAUGUUGAGUUUGUACGUCUGUGUCGGCCUCCUGCUCCACCUCCCUCCGUGCACGUACCAGUCUUGCACAGACGGGACACCCAAACAGUGCCAAGAGGCCGACUUUGCUCCAGGCUCCAAUUUAGCUGGCGAGGGCUUCGAUAUCACCAAGCUGGAGCGUAAGGGGGCUUUCGUGUUGAACAUGAAUACGUGGAAACGCAAGGAUAAGACGUGCACCCUGUGUAGCAACCCUUAUCUGGAGAACAAGAAACAGAAGCUGCCUCUGUCAGUGGUGGACUGGAGGGCCAAACAGUCCUGCAGCGCCAAGGUGGCCUCCAAACUUCACAAGUCCAGCGAGUCCCUGGUCACUUCCAGCUCUUCUUCUGUGGAAAACAACUGGAAGAUAGAUUUAAGUCUCAAUGUCGGUAAAUACGGUGGCUCCUUGAUGCUGGCUGGCACCAACUCCAAGCUGGCUGGUUACUCCAUGGAGAAAACCAAGAAUGACAAGUUCAGCUUCACAACCAACAGCAUCUCCUGUGAGUACUACAGUUACAAAGUCUCCAGCUCUCCCAAGCUGCACCGAGAGUUUCACAAAGCAGUGAAGCAGCUUCCCGACGUGUACAGCCCCGAACACAAGGGACGGUUUUACAAGCUGAUGGACAAUUUCGGCACCCAUUACAUCACAAAGGUGACGUUGGGUGGAAAUGUUGGCUCCGUCACCAGCAUCCGCCAGUGUGAGGCCAGUCUGCACGGGCUCCAGGUGGAGGAAGUGCAGAUGUGCCUUGAAGCCGAGGCGUCCGCAAGUGCCGGAGUUUCAGUGACAGUUGCAAACAAGCACUGCAAGAAGGACAAAGAAAAGUCUGACAGUAAGUCGGACUUCUCCAGCCUCUUCGGUGACAGGUUCACGGAAAUAAAAGGGGGCCACACCACCGAGCCGGAUCUCCUCUUCUCUGCAAACAAAAACCCAUCGGCCUACAAGGAGUGGCUGAACACGCUGCCGCAGAAUCCCGACAUAGUCUCGUACUCCCUGGACUCGCUCCAUGAACUACUGCCUCUCAACACCUCUGCCAGGAAGAACCUGCGCUCAGCCAUCAGCCACUACAUCCUGGAGAAGGGCCUGUGGAGGAACUGCAGCGAGAAAUGUCAGGCCGGCGUUCGGAGCGACUCACGAGACUCCUGCGUCUGCCAAUGCCACAACGAACCUGCCGUGAACCAGGACUGCUGCCCGACUCGCAAGGGCAUGGCCCGGGUCAUCAUAACGGUGCAGAGGGCUACCGGGCUCUGGGGGGGCCGGUUCACAUCCACGGACGGCUACGUGAAGGUGUUUCUCGCAAAUCAAAUGGUCCAUCGUACUCGCGUCAUUAACAACAACAACAACCCUCACUGGGCCCAGGUUGUUGACCUGGGCGCCCAGGACCUGUCCUCGGGGAAAACAGUGAAAUUUGAGGUUUGGGAUCAGGACAACAACUGGGACGACGACCUGUUAGGGCAAUGCCUGAAGGUUUUAACUACAGGCGUCAAGGAGGACGUCUGUGCUCUGAAUCACGGGAGGCUGUUCUUCAAGUUGGAUAUAAAGUGCGCUCCAAGUCUGAAAGGAAAUUCGUGCACCGAAUACAAACCUUCUCCGAUGGAUCCACGCCUGAGAAGCCUGUACGUGUCCCGUCAUGCCCAUCCCAUUCCACGGUCCAUCCUGCUGCAGAUGGGAGUGUUUGUGAGCAACUCCAGUUCAUGGAGAAAACAAAGUCUGAUUACUGAGCUAUGA